UCCAUUGGUAUCGAGAAAAAGAAUGCGGCAUUUGGAUCUAUAUCCAAAAAAUUGAACAUGAAUGAUAACAAUUACAUUCUAAUUGGUGUAGUAUCAUCAAUAUGCCAGCGACAAAAAUAACGGGCACUAUACAGCAUUUGUAUAUGACACUCAAUGAUAUUUAUAUGAUGAUAUGAUGACUAAGCAUCAGAAAACAACAUGAUGAAGAAGUAGCACCACAUUUAAUAUAUACCAUGAUGUCUCAUGAUCACCAUAUAAUGGACAGUACAGGAAACGCAUCUCACGGUAUGCACAUGGCUCAUCAUGGUAUAGACCAUGGUAUAAACCGUGGUAAUAUGGAUAAUGGCAAUAUGAACCACGAAGGUAUGGAUCACGAAAGCAUGCACGAUAUUGAGACUUCGACGGACAUGUGCAGCAGUAUGGGCAUGCACGGUAUGUCGAUGACGUUCCACAGCGGCUACUGUGAAGUGGUGUUAUUCGAAAAUUGGAAGAUUUUAUCGAUAGGCGGUCUCAUCGGUUCGAUGAUUGGUAUCGCUAUUAUGGCUGCGCUCUAUGAGGGCUUAAAAUAUUACCGGGAGUAUCUCUUUUGGAAGACGUAUAACGCCCUGCAAUACAGGAGCGUUACGGUACCCAGUGAGAAGAAUGUGGUAGCCGAAGACAACCGGGUCGUUCAUAUGGUUGGCGAAGUAAUCCACAAACAACCGCCGACUAUGAUGUCCUGGAUGCAUCUGUUUCAAACAUUUCUGCACAUUAUACAAAUCGUCCUGUCUUAUUUUUUGAUGCUAAUCUUCAUGACUUAUAAUGUCUGGCUGUGCUGUGCCGUAGUAUUGGGGGCCGCCGUUGGUUACUUCCUGUUCGGUUGGAAGAAAUCAGUGAUCGUAGACGUUACGGAACAUUGUCAUUAACAUUUAGUAAAUUAUUCUGGUUUACUCCUUUUAAACUGUAUUUACGCAAAAAUACGCACACGACUGCAUUUUGGCGGAAAUGCAAAAAAAUAAGAGGACAGAAAUUAAACAAUUACGUUGUUUUCUACGAGAAAUGACGUAUAGAGAAUCAAUGUUUUCAAAAUUCAUGACACAUAGUGAAUACAUAAAUACAGCAAACAGGC